CGCUGGACCGAGGUGAUGGGGGACCCCAAGGAGGCGGGGGCCGAGGCUCCGCCGGCCGGGGCCACUGCGCCCGGAGGACUCAGCCUGCUGUCCCAGGGAGAGGCCGAGGAACCCGCGCAGGGGUCGGCUCUGUUUCUGGGAGGCAGCGAGGUGAAGAGCCGGGCCGUGGUGAAGUACUCCUCUGCCCCUCCCCGGGCAGCCUUCGCGCGCCUCGAAGAGAAAACAGACUUGAAACUCCCACCUGCCAACUGGUUACGAGAGAGCGCCAGACUCGGGCCGGCGGGGACCACCAUUCUUGGCAACAGUAAGAAAAGCAAGCCCUUUUCAAGCUUUGGAAUGGCGUAUGACUUCAUUGAUUCCGUGGGAAACGAUGUCGACGUUGUUUCUGACUCUGAGAACAUAAAGAAGCUCCUGAAGAUCCCCUACAGCAAGUCCCACGUGAGCAUGGCGGUGCACCGCGUCGGGAGGACGCUCCUGCUGGACGAGCUGGACAUUCAGGAGCUCUUCAUGAGGUCGUCGCAGACUGGUGAUUGGACGUGGCUGAAAGAGUUUUAUCAGAGACUUAUUGAUCAGAAGUGGCAGAGGAAGAAAAAGAGCAAAGAGCACUGGUAUCAGAAGGCGAUUCUCUCCAAGUUUUUAUAUUACAGUAUCAAUGGCGACGGAGCCGCCCAACCUGUCCCAUCCGCUGCAGAACAGCAGGAGUCAUCCAGUUCAGACCAGACCAGCGACUCGGGUGGGGCCUCCUGGCCCGCCCCCUUCGAAAUGCCUGCUUCAGUUUCUGAAGAUCCCAGUGCUUCCAGUCAGGGAAGUGAGCCUCUUGAACCCUUAUACAUAGUGGGGCAUGUGGCCUCAGCCCCCAAAGAACAAAACCUGACUCCUUUAUUCAGUGACGGGGAGAACAGUCAGGGUCUUAAAAAUGAUUUUGUUCGGAAUAUUCUGUGGACAUUUGAAGACAUACACAUGUUGGUGGGCUCCAACAUGCCCAUAUUUGGAGGCGGCCGGUACCCAGCAGUCAGCUUGCGUCUCAGGGAUAACAACAAACCAAUUAACGUGCUAACUGGAAUUGACUACUGGUUGGACAACUUGAUAUGCAAUGUACCAGAGCUUGUGAUGUGUUUUCAUGUAAAUGGAAUUGUACAGAAGUAUGAAAUGAUAAAGACAGAAGAGAUUCCCAACUUGGAAAACUCUAAUUUUUCUACUAAAGUCAUAAAAGACAUUGCACAGAAUAUUUUGUCAUUUCUGAAAUCGAAUUGUACCAAAGAAGGACAUACCUAUUGGCUAUUUAAAGCGAGUGGCAGUGACAUAGUGAAGCUCUAUGAUCUCACUACCCUUUGUGAAGAAACAGAAGACAAGUACCAAAAUCCAUUCACCAUGCCCGUGGCCAUUCUCUUGUAUAAGGUUGCUUGCAACAUGAUGAUGAAGAAGAAUCAAAAUAAGAAACACUACGGAACUAUCAGAACGUUGCUUCUUAAUUGUGUUAAAUUGUUGGAUAAAAGCAGACAUCCUCAAAUUAUUGCUUCAGCCAAUUACAUGCUUUCAGAACUUUUUCAACUGGAUGAACCUAAAAAAGAAGAAAGUUCAGAGUCACCUUUAAAUGAGAAUUCUGAUGAAAGUUACAGCGAAGAGGAGGAGGAGAUGGCAGACAGCGACGAAAAUGGAUCCUACUGCCCCCACUCUGACCCUCCAGAUGAUAACAAAGCAGUAGCUAUAAUUAAGUCUGUUGGAGAAUUGUCAGUUCCAGAAAAGUACAAAUCCAUUCAUCAAAUCAGACCCAGCUGUGCGUUCCCAGUUUGCCACGACACAGAGGAACGCUGCAGGCUUGUGCUCAGCUAUGUUCUGGAGGGUUUAAAAUCCGUGGAUAGCAGCAUUAAGAAAGAAAGCGACCUCCCUGCAGCUGACCCCAACACCCCAAUCCCAUUAAAAUAUGAAGAUGAAUCCUCAAGGGGGGGUCCUGAGGGUCUGGAGAAGCAAAUGGCCUUGUUUCUGGACAAAAUGGGCUCCCUUCAGAAGGGUAAUUAUUCCAGCCAGUCUGGAAUGAUCCCUGGCUCUUGGCAACAUAAAAUGAAACUCCAGCUGAUUCUCAAGUCAUCAAAGGCCUAUUAUGUUUUGUCUGACGCUGCCAUGAGUCUUCAGAAGUAUGGAAGAGCAUUACGAUACAUUAAGUUAGCUUUGCAGAGCCACGACACUUACUGCUGCCUCUGCACCAACAUGCUUUCCGAAGUGCUGCUCUUUCUUUCUCAGUACCUGACGCUCUGCGGCGACAUCCAGCUGAUGCUGGCCCAGAACGCCAGCAACAGAGCAGCGCACCUGGAGGAGUUCAACUACCAGACCAAAGAAGACCAGGAGAUACUGCACAGCCUCCACCGGGAGUCCAGCUGCCAAGGAUUUGCGUGGGCGACUGAUUUGUCUACAGACUUGGAAAGUCAGCUUUCAGUCAGUUGUAAAUGUUAUGAGGCUGCUAACGAAAUCUUGCAAUUUAGUGACUUAAAAAGCCAAAACCCAGAACACUACGUACAAGUCCUGAAGAGAAUGGGCAACAUCAGAAAUGAGAUCGGUGUGUUCUACAUGAAUCAGGCCGCUGCGCUGCAGGGUGAGAGAGUGGUGAGCAAAAGCGUGUCUACUGCAGAGCAGCAGUUGUGGAAAAAAAGCUUUUCUUGCUUUGAAAAAGGAAUUCACAACUUUGAGUCCAUUGAUGAUGCUACAAACGCUGCCCUUUUGCUGUGUAACACGGGGAGACUCAUGCGGAUUUGUGCGCAGGCGCACUGCGGCGCAGGGGAUGAGUUUAAACGCGAGUUUUCACCAGAAGAAGGCUUGUAUUAUAACAAGGCCGCCGACUACUACCUGAGAGCCCUGCGGUCCCUGGGGGCCCGCGACCGGCACCCUGCGGUGUGGGACUCCGUGAGCUGGGAGCUGUCCACCACCUACUUCACCGCGGCCACGCUGCAGCAGGACCACGCCCCGCUGUCCAGGAAGGCGCAGGAGCAGAUUGAAAAAGAAGUCAGUGAGGCCAUGAUGAAAUCCCUGAAGUACUGUGACGUGGACUCGGUGUCUGCGCGCCAGCCCCUCUGUCAGUACCGCGCCGCCACCAUCCAUCACAGGCUGGCGUCCAUGUACCACAGCUGCCUGAGGAACCAGGUUGGCGACGAGCAUCUCCGGAAGCAGCACCGGGUGCUGGCCGACCUCCACUACAGCAAGGCGGUGGCGCUGUUCCAGCUCCUGAAGGACACGCCGUGUGAGCUGCUGCGCGUGCAGCUGGAGCGGGUGGCCUUCGCCGAGUUCCAGAUGAGCAGUCAGAACAGCAACGUUGGGAAGCUGAAGACACUGUCCGGGGCUCUUGACGUGAUGGUGAGAACUAGGCAUGCAUUCCAGCUCAUCCGAAAGGAACUGGGCGAGGAGCGGGGGCAGCCUGCCGGUGCCGACACACCUCCAGCUGCCGAGUCUGCUCCGGGUCUGAACCGGGAAGAGGUGCUGAAGCUCCUGGGGAUCUUUGAGUCCCGGCUGUCGUUCCUGCUCCUCCAGUCCAUCAAGCUGCUGUCUCCAGCCAAGAAGAAAGCCAGCAAUAACAUAGAAGAAGACGUAGCCCUCAAAACCAACAAGCAGAUUUACUCCCAGCUUCUGAGAGCCACCGCGAACAGGAACACGAGUCUCCCGGAAAGAGUCGACGUCCUCAUCCGCCUGCUCGACCAGCUGGCUCGGGGCAGCGCCGCCCCGUGACCCGGCCAGGGCUGUGUCCGCACAGAUGCCAUCCCUCCGUGCCUUCUGCACUCCGGCCACGCUGUCCACUCGGUGCUCCGUUCAGUAAACCCUUGGGAAGUGCCCCUGCGACCGGCCCGGCGGAAGUGCAGCCUCUUUCCCCGGCACAUGGCCGAGCUCUCCGGCUCCAUCGAGGGUGCGAGAUCGGACGCGCGAGACCGGCGCCCCUCUGUGGGGAGCGUGUGGCGCGGCGCAGUUACACUUCACGUGUUUUGAGUGUGUUAAGCUACAUGGGCUAAGACAAUUAUUUUGGAUUAAUGUUACGUUAGGACAAGGGGGCGGUCAUCCAGGGCACUUGGGUGGCUCACGGGGGUUGAAUCACCCCGCUCCCUUCCGAGAGGCGCAGAACGCGGUCCCUCGGCUUCCGUGCGGACUUCUGGCAGGAGCUGCUGUGCGGGCCUCGUGUUCAGUGCAUGUCGGGGUCCCGUCUCGGACUCGGGGUGCAGUUCCCCAGUAAUAGGGUCUACCCCCAUUUUUAUUUUAAACUUGAAACUGUGA